AUGGCACCAUACAAAGCCCUUUACGGUCGACCCUGCCAAUCCCCGGUUUGUUGGACCGAUGUUGGAGAGACGGGAAUAAUUGGACCCGACAUAGUACGAGAUACCACGAAAAAAGUCAAGACCAUCCGACAAAGGAUCCAGACUGCUCAAAGCCGACAGAAAAGUUAUGCGGACAGGAGGAGCCGACCAUUGAAUUUUGAAGUUGGAUAUCACGUGUUCCUGAAGAUCAGACCGAAGAAAGGAGUCAUCAGAUUUGGGAAGAAGGGAAAGCUGUCGCCACGCUACAUCAGACCCUUCGACAUCGUAGAAAAGAUCGGGAAUGUUGCGUAUUGUCUAGCUCUGCCACCACAGCUAGACAAAGUUCAUAACGUGUUUCACGUUUCAAUGCUUUGCAAGUACCUCACCUUGCCCACCCAUGUUCUCAAUUGGGAAGACAUCACCAUCGAGGAAGACGCGACGUACGAAGAGGAACAAAUAGAGAUUCAAGGCCGAAGCGAGAAGAUAAUCCGAAACAAGACUAUCAAGUUGAUACGAGUUUUGUGGAAGCACCGAGGAUCUGGAGAAACCACAUGGGAGAGGGAGGAAACCAUGAAAGCAAAUUAUCCCCACUUGUUCGAGUCCGAACGUGCACCUAAUUUCAAGGAUGAAUUUGUUUAA